CUGAUAGUGAGGUUGAGUUUGUGCACCAACAUACUCUUGUGCAUCUUAUACUUUUCCUCACGGUGGAGAUGCCCUAAGGCAUUAUUAAUCUGUACCCCUUCAGGAACAAAAUAUGUGUUGUUUUAGAACUAUCUAAAUCUGAUAACACUUUUUGGAAACAUGAAAAGUCGUGUUUGGGUUAUGUUAGUAUAUAUUGUGAUAGAAGCAGUUAGGGGUCAAAAUUGUGUUUGAACACUAUGUCAAUGUACAAAACCAAAAGUAUUUAUAACCAGAAGCAAGUAGUUUCACCAUAUACGUAUAUGUUUUAGUACUUUCAAAAGCAUGUUUCACUAUAAAAAAAAACAAUGGUAACCUCUAGAUGCAUCACUUUCAUCUUCCGUUAUCUCAGGUCACCGUUGCUGUCUACGUCUUUUGGAAGUCGUGGCCACAAGAGGAGAGUGAACGCUAUCUGGCAGCAGCAAUCCUUUUGUUCAUCCCUGGGAUUCUCAAAUGCAUAUUGAAGCCCUGGGACUUGAAGAGAGUUAGCAUCAAUAGCCUCGUGGACUCAUCUGCAUCAGAAGAAACUGACGCGAUUAAUUCGCUUGAAAACUUCAUACAGAAAGCAAACGAUUAUUUUCAUCCUAGCAACAAUAAUGAAGCAUCUGUAAGCGCUGAAGGCAGAGAAGUAGAACGUAAGAAGCCGUAUGAUCUAUUCGUAGACCUUACCCCUCCGUAUUCCCAUAGGCUUAGAUGUCUCAAACACUUGAUCCGUGAUCCAUAUGGAGCGCGUCGCUUGGUUCAGGCUGGCCUCUCUGCAACGUUCAGUCGACUCUACACCAAGGACUCAGUGCUGCACCAGAAUUUCAGUAACCUCUGCACGAUACUAUCCAACUGUGUUGACCUCGUACGGGUAGUAGCCGCCAGCUGCAUGCUCGCGGUCAUCGUGCUGGUCCCCAUAAGUGAAGGAGGGGCUAUCGACACAGAUGUCAGGAUCACAUACAUCUUGCUAUCAUGUACUGUUGCUCUGGAGUACCUUAUACCUGCUUUGGUAUUCAACAGGAUGAAUCCAUGGUUGGGCGAAUGGCCCGAUCAAGUUGCCCAGUACAACCUAAUAUGGUACCUGGCCCGGAAUAAGAAGUGCAAGACGAAGAUGCUCCGGAAGCUGGUGGCAACCUUGCUGGUUUCCAAGGACUUCGUCGACCAGCUUUGGUGCAUGACGCCGUGCAAGUCCUCCGGCAACAUCACCGACCUCGUCCAUGACUACCUCAAGAAAGGGUGGACGGCGGAGGGUCAAUGUCAAAUAACCAACAUGGCCACCUACCGGGCGUUCAACGACAACCGGGGUCAGUGGACUCUGGAUCGUGAGAACUGCAGGAUCAAUCUGGAUUGGAGCCUACAAAGGCCGUUUGACGAGAGUGUCAUCCUCUGGCACCUCGCCACGGAUUUCUGCUUCCACCUCACACCACCGCCUAACACUGCUCAGUUGGCUGUCUAUCGCAGCAGGGUGAUGUCCAACUACAUGGCGUAUUUGCUGUUCGUCAACCCGGAGAUGCUGAUGACCGGUGCCAGGCGCAGCCUCUUCAGAGAAGCCUAUAGGCAGCUGAAGAAGACGCUCAAGGUGACAGCACAACCGGAAGAAGGAGCAGGGCCCUCUCGACGGGACGACAUGCCACCACAACCGGACGCUGCAGAGCCCCCGCGACGCAACACGCCACGAGAAGAAAGCGAGUUCGCCCAGAAGGUAGCCCAGAACACCCAGCAUGCACAGGGCACAGAGGAUCUAAGCAUCGUUCGCGAUGUUUGGAGGCUUUCUGAAAAUCUAAAGGAACUACGUACAGGUCCGAAUGGGGAUACGAGGAUGUGGAGUGUGAUCCAGGGCGUGUGGGUGGAGAUGUUGUGUUUCUCCGCCGGAAGGUGCAGAGGUUACCUGCACGCCAAGAGCUUGGGCCAGGGCGGGGAGUACCUCUCCUACGUCUGGCUUCUCAUGUCCUACAUGGGGAUGGAAACCUUAGGAGAGAAGAUGCAGAGGACCUAGUUACAGGAGGAAGCAAGCAACAAUGGCACAGCUGCAGCUUCAACAACGGUUACAGCCACUGGUGGCAGUUCCAAUUCCAAAGACAUCCCAGUCCCAGCCACCGGUGGCGACCACGGCUAUGGUGGUGCAA